UUAAACCAGUUCAACUAAAUGAUGAAAUGAGAGAGAGCAUUAACAAUGAAGUAUGAAAUCUAUAAAAUAGAAAGGUAUACUGCUGGAGUCCAGAUAUCUAGAACAUGCUUACACAUUCUUCUUCUUCUUAAUAUUACUAUUAUUCUGUGUAUUGUUCUGAGCCAACAUUAAUCCUCUCAGAGGUAUUUAUAGAGACGUUUUUCAGCUGAGAUGCAGAAGAGUUUUUGUUGAAGAAAAGUCUCAGGAGGAGAGAGUUCUGAACCGAAGACGGGUUACAGUCAGUGUAAUAACCUGAUCUCUCAAACAACAGGUUUCACUCUGAAGAAUGGAAGGUCUCUACAUUAACAGCAGCUCACAGGACCAAAGCUACGAUUACAGCGACACCACCACUGACUACCAGAAUUACAGCAACAUCACCUCCAACUACCAGAAUAACAACGAGCUCAAUGAACUUUAUUUCAUCAGAGAUGUGGUCACAUACAUAAUCAUUGCUGUCGGCCUUCCUCUGACCCUGGUGGCCAUCUAUGCUCUUUAUUCUAUGGUGAGAAGUGAACAUGUUGCUCCCAUCUACCUCAUCAACCUCCUCAUUACUGACAUCCUUCAGUUCUGCUGCAUGAUCGUUCAGGUGGCACCAAAUGUGGUUUGGAGGAUAAAGAAUAUCUUCAUAUUUAUUUACCUCUCUGCUCUGUUUGCCAGUGUUUACUUCAUGGUCUGCAUCUCCCUGGAAAGGUAUUUGGUCAUCGCCCACCCACUGUGGUACCGCUGCAGACGAACCAUCAAGACCUCUGUGGUGGUCUGUGUCCUGGUCUGGGUCCUUUCUGCUGUCUGUAUCGUCUCUUACUAUUUCACUGAUGUCCCAAUCACACUCUUUGCCGUCCUCCUCCUCCUUCCCUUCCCUCUGUUAAUAUUCUUCCUGGUUGGGACCCUCAAAGCCCUGUCUGCUUCCAUCUCGGUCCCCUCUGAUGAAAAACGACGAAUUGUGGGAAUUUUGGUUCUGGUGCUGCUUAUUUACACUCUGCUGUUCCUGCCAGACAUCAUUUGGUUACUGAUAGAAUCAUACAUAAACAAUGACCUGACCAUUGACCUCCUGUCUCUCAUCUUCCUCAGUCUGAAUCCUCUUGCAGACUCGUUCCUGUAUGUCUUCAUGAGGAAAGGGACCAUAGACAAGCUUUUGGCCUCUGUGUGUUGCUGCAGAAUGGACAGCAAUGAUAUCAGCAGUCCAUCAGUAUGAAUGAUGACAACAUUUCCACAGUCAGCUUCAUGUAGGCAGAGAAAG